CUGGGGAACAGAAGAAAGCACGAGGGAGUGGAGGGAAAGGAAAAGCCUAUGCCUGCAGUAGAGAGACUUGGCAGAGCUUCCUUUCUUUUGUCUGUCUGGUUUAGGGCUGCAGCGCCAGAGGAAAUCAGGAAACGUCCAGGCAUGGUGGUUGUGGUGAAGCACGGGGACAAUUUCAGCAUCUGUGACGAAAAAACAAACAAAAAAAAUCCAUAUUUUAACUGAAUCGACUGGAAACUGAACUUCUGGGAUUUGGGAGUCAAAGACAAAAGAAGAUAUUUUUCAGGUUUCUUUUCUUCGCAAGUCAGAUUCUGGGCCGUUGGACGUCAUUGGCUUCUGGAGGACAACAGAAAAACAACAGAUUUCAUACUGGUUGGUAUUUUCCUGGAAAAUUUUCCUGGAUAAACCACAGAAAGGCCAAUCAGAGCCAGAAGAAGGCCAACCUCGCACCAACCAAGAGCCAAACAUGAUGUGAAUGGAAACAGGACUAUUCCGCCCUUUCCAGAGGGGACACAGAUGGUGAUGUUUGGCAUGGGCUGUUUCUGGGGAGCAGAAAGGAAGUUUUGGACACAAAAGGGAGUUUACUCCACCCAAGUGGGCUACUCUGGCGGCUACACUCCGAACGCCACGUACGAGGAAGUGUGCACAGGCAGAACCGGACACACUGAGGUGGUGCGAGUUGUUUACCAUCCAGAGAAGAUCAGCUUCAUCAGCCUGCUGAAGGUUUUCUGGGAAAGUCACAAUCCGACUCAAGGAAUGCGUCAGGGGAACGAUGUGGGGACAACGUACCGCUCUGCCAUCUACGCCUACACGCAGCAGCAGCUUGAGGAAGCGUUGGCCUCCAAGGAUCAGUACCAGAAGGUUCUUGCAGAGGAAGGUUUUGGUCCAAUCACAACAGAAAUCACUGAAGCCAAACCGUUUUAUUACGCUGAGGAUUACCACCAGCAGUACCUGAGUAAAAACCCACAUGGAUACUGCGGCCUGGGCGGGACAGGAGUCACCUGUCCAAUCGGACUCGGCAAAAAGUCCUGAGGAAUCCUCACAGCCAACUCAAACAAAUCCACCCAAUAUUGUUCAGCUUCUUAUCAUACAUGAUUUUUAACUUCCUGCUUUGUACAUCUGUAAGAUUCAAUUCUUUUGGAAACAAAUUGUGAAAUAUCUUAUUUUUUUGGUGGGACUAUUUUUAUAGUCUGUUUAAUGAGUUGUUUUAAAUUAGAGUUGCUUAUAGAAUAAUAGAAGAGAUGCAGUUUGUUUUGAAUAAAUCAACCUCGGAAAUUA